GGUUGGUCUAGCGGUGCUUGUGAAACGCAAGUAUGCCAUUGUGGUUCCUGCUUGGAGAAGGCGUUAGUCAAGGAUCUGUAAGAAACAGUCAUCAGUGAAUUUGAUCAUAACCAGCCACAAACAAAUAAAUACCAAGCACCUGAAAGACGUUCUUGUUCAGUAGUAGCUCAGUAAUUCAUGAGUCACUUGGAAAAAGCACGAGUCAAAUCUGGGUAGCCGUACUGUAAGUGAAGAAGGAUUUUAAUUUGACAGCUAAUGCUUUGGUUAUAGAUGUAUUACAGUGGGGGCAUGCAGUGUUUUAAUUGUUUAAAAAAAAAAAAAACAGGCGUUGGUCAAUAUGAUGUUUUUUAUCUAGUCCUGUCCAAACGAAUAUGGACUUUCUGCAAAGACGAGCUGUUUUGCUUUGGGUUUUCUGAUGCGCGCUGCAUUGCCCGCAGAGCAUGCGAGAGGAAACAAACAAACAGAGAAAGGCUGGAGGAGGGAAAUGAUUAGACGAGCUUCAGCUGUUUUUUUCCCCUUUUGAAUGGCCCUCUUUCAUCAGGAUAUGUUAGGACAAGUGCUUUUUCAAGCCAGGAUAUCAGUGGAAGACAGAGUGUUCUGUAAAAGUCAUCCAGUUCCUGGGUAGCAUCAACAGACGCGAUUUCUCUGCUCCUCACAGAAUAUACGGUCAACCCUUUCUUUUUCUUCUUUUCUUUUUUUUUAUGGGUUUAGAAGCAAAAGGAUGUGAGUUUUACAGUUAGUUAUGAAUCUUUUCAAAUUUACUGACUUCUGUCUGACUCUUGGGCCAGCACAAUGCUUCUGCUGUUCAAAGAAAACCAGUCCAAAUUACCUAAGCGAGAGCUUUUUCAUGGUAAAAGGAGCAGCCCUCUUCUUGCAGCAAGGAAACAGUUCCCAGGGCCAGCGAAGUCUUCAGCAUCCUCACAAACAUGCAGGUGAUUUGCCCCAGCACCUCCAGGUGAUGAUCAACCUCCUUCGCUGUGAGGACAGAAUCAAGCUGGCUGUCCGUUUGGAAAGCGUAUGGACUGACAGAGUCCGGUACAUGGUGGUUGUAUACAGCAGCGGGCGACAGGACACAGAAGAGAACAUUCUGCUGGGAGUGGAUUUCUCCAGCAAGGAGAGUAAAAGCUGCACUAUAGGAAUGGUUCUUCGUUUGUGGAGUGAUACUAAAAUCCAUCUUGAUGGUGAUGGUGGCUUCAGUGUGAGCACCGCAGGGAGAAUGCACAUCUUCAAGCCAGUGUCAGUGCAAGCCAUGUGGUCUGCUUUACAGAUCCUCCAUAAAGCCUGUGAAGUUGCAAGAAGGUACAACUACUUCCCUGGUGGAAUGGCCUUGGUCUGGGCCACGUACUAUGAAAGCUGCAUCAGCUCUGAUCAGAGCUGCAUCAAUGAGUGGAAUGCAAUGCAGGACUUGGAGUCCACCCGCCCGGACUCUCCAGCUCUGUUUGUUGACAAGCCAACUGAAAGGGAACGAACAGAACGGCUCAUUAAAGCCAAGCUCCGGAGCAUCAUGAUGAGCAAAGACCUGGAAAAUGUGACUUCCAAGGAGAUACGAAAUGAGCUGGAGAAACACAUGAAUUGCAACUUGAAAGAAUUCAAGGAAUUCAUAGACAAUGAAAUGCUGCUUAUCUUGGGUCAGAUGGACAAACCAUCUCUGAUUUUCGAUCACUUAUAUCUGGGGUCUGAGUGGAACGCCUCCAACCUCGAGGAACUGCAGGGCUCUGGCAUUGACUACAUUUUGAACGUGACCAGGGAAAUAGAUAAUUUUUUUCCUGGUUUGUUUGCAUAUCAUAAUAUCCGAGUGUAUGACGAGGAGACAACAGACCUCCUGGCUCACUGGAAUGAGGCGUAUCACUUUAUAAAUAAGGCCAAGAAGAAUCACUCCAAGUGCCUGGUGCACUGCAAGAUGGGUGUUAGCCGGUCAGCAUCUACUGUUAUAGCUUACGCAAUGAAGGAAUUUGGCUGGUCCCUGGAAAAAGCCUAUAAUUAUGUGAAGCAAAAACGCAGCAUUGCAAGACCAAAUGCAGGCUUCAUGAGACAGCUUUUGGAAUAUGAAGGCAUUUUAGAUGCGAGCAAGCAGCGUCACAAUAAGCUGUGGAAACAGCAGGCAGAGAGCAACAUACCGCAGAACACGGAUGGCACCGCAGGGCCAGGUGACUUCUUACUCGAAAGCUUAGACAUUGACCUAGAAAAUCGCCUAGCUGACCUGGACACACCUUCGCAGUCGGCGUACCUGGACAACCGAGCCAGCACAGAAGUGGCUGUGGGGUUCAAUUACUGCUUCCGGCGCCUCUCGGACACCCUGCUGGAGAACAAGAUGCCCAGUGACAGGGAGGGGUUUUUCCAAGUGGAGGAGUUGGAGCGGGAUGCGCUUGCAGAGCAUACUGACUCGCUGACGGGACAGCCUCUGUCUGCAUCUUUGGAUGGGAGGGUGGAGACAGCAAAAGUCCAAGAGACAGCAGAGCCAGUGACGGAGCUGAGCAAUUUCUGCGAGAAGGAAGUGAAGAAGAAACUAGAAUUCAGCCCCCGGAAGGGAAGGAUAGUGCCAGGCCCCAGGGACCCAGGGGAGGAUGGUGUCAGGGAGGAAAAUCCUAUGGAGAAGUGGAAGCGUCGCUUAUCCGUGCACAAGGAGGAAAGCAGGCUUAAUAGAGAGAACUUGAAUAACAACAACAGCAAAAGGAGUUGCCCGGAGGAUUUUGAGCACAGUUUCAUUUGAC